AUUCAUCUUUAUUGAUUUAUCUUCUGAUGGCUGCUUAUUCCACGUUUUGAAAAUAAUAAGUAGCACGCCCACCAAAGGCCUGACAGAAGCAGUGUGUGACUCUUCCUUGGAGCUGCAAUACUGGCAGGCCGGGAGCAAUAAUUCCUUCUCUUCCACUUGUCUGCGAGGUGUAAUUUGUCACUAUAAACGUGACGAGGAAGCCUCUUUGGAGCGCUGCCUCACUCCUUUCAAAAAGCCAUUUCUGCUUGAAGCCAUGUGCACAUGCGAUGCAUAUAUUUAUAUAUCUUAUAACACACUUACUCUCAUGGCGUUUUCCCUUCGGGUUGCUUCUCACUUCUCAGCACAAUCAGCGGUUUGAACACAAAGCGGUAAAUAAUUAUACAACCUAAAGAGCAGAGUUGGCUAAAAAAAAAAAAAAAAAAAAAAUCCACACGCGUUAAUUUUUGGGCCCACUCGCCCUCCCACGCGUGUUGUAUUUUCUACCUUUUUAAAGAAAGGGAGCAGUGUGAAUGCGUAAAGCUGAGAGGACAUUUUCCUUUCAUGAGAAGAAGAAAAAAAGAUGACCAGGCAGAGGGAUUCCCCCCCACGCGUCUCUUCUCUCCUCACUUGAUAAUGCAGCCACAAAAUAUCAUCUUCUCCAUCCAAGAGGCCAUCAAAUAUAGAAAGCUGCUGUGCAAAAGCGCUGCUUUAUUAAUGAUUCUUUCCUAUACAUCGUUCAUUGAAGCCUUCUGUCUAACCCAACAGAGCCAAUAAAUAAUAAUAAAAUAAAAGCAUAGACUUCCAUACUAUUUGUGAUUAUGUGCAAUUUCUCCCCCUUUCUUCCUCUCUCUCUCUCUCUCUCUCCCUCAUUUGCUUGGGGGAGGAGGAGGAGAGGCAGCCACUUGAUUUGAACUGCCUUUCCAGCAAGGCUCGACUUCAUUUGCAUAAUUUUUCUUGUCUAUGGUGUGACGCUGUGGUUCGGGCCAGUCCACUGGUGUCUGCACGAUCACACAAGAGGGGGUCCAGUCCAGCCUUGUAGCCCCAUAUAGGCUGCAUGCAUGGCUCUAUUAUUGCUAUAUGCUAUGGAGCAGUCCCUUGAAGCCAGAUAAGAGUUAUCUCGGUGACCUGACUGCUCACGCCUGCUUUCGCAAUCUACAUGUACACAUCCACGUCGAGUGGGGAAGACACCAGAAGGGGUGGAAAAAAAAAAAAGCAAAGGGGCUUCUCUCUCUCUCUCCCGCUCUCUCUCUCGACUCUUCUUGUUGUGGCUGCUGCUGCAUGCUGCAUGCUGCAUGGCGCUGCUGCAGCCCAGCCCUGCCUCUUCAACUUUCCUCUGGAUUACUACUUUGAUCGAUUUCGUCGCUGAAUGAGAAAAUAUUGCUCGGUGCUCUGCAUUGGUCGUCAGAGGUUAAGGUUCACCCGAGGAGGCCAUUGGCGGAGAGGCGUCACAUGACCACGGGGUGCCAAUGUUCUUCUACAAGGGUGUCAAGACCCUGUCACUUUCUGAAAUAAAUAUUGGGAAACGGCGAGAUGCAAAAGGCAACCUACUACGACAGCUCGGCAAUUUACAGUGGCUACCCGUAUCAAAGCGCAAAUGGCUUCAGUUAUGAUGCCAAUCAGGUCCAAUAUCCCCGCGCCUCUCAUGUGGAAAGUGACUACCAUCGACCCGCCUGCUCCCUGCAGUCUACUGACGGCUCCGUGCCUCUGCACAAGCCGGCGGAGAUGGCGGAGAGCUGCGACGCCACCGCGGGCAUCCAAGCGGCGCCGACCAAGGUGCAUCAUCCCGAAAGCGCUCAGGCGCCCCCUCCCUCACAGUCCCCCGCCGACACCGGCGAGAACGCGAACAACUGCACCGGGCAACCAAGCGCCAAGAGCGGCUCUCCCACCUCGGCCCCCCGCGGCAAGCAGAUUUUCCCCUGGAUGAAGGAGUCCCGCCAGAACACCAAACAGAAACCUGCAAAUAGCGCCAGUUCAGUGGAGAGUUGCCCUGGAGACAAGAGUCCUCCUGGGUCAGCCGCCUCCAAAAGGGCCCGGACAGCUUACACCAGCGCCCAGCUUGUGGAGCUGGAGAAGGAGUUUCACUUUAACCGGUACCUCUGCAGGCCACGGAGGGUGGAGAUGGCCAACCUGCUCAACCUUACAGAGAGACAGAUCAAAAUUUGGUUCCAGAACCGCAGGAUGAAAUACAAGAAGGAUCAGAAGGGAGUUGGAAUGAUGCCCUCCCCUGGGGGGCAGUCUCCUAGGAGUCCAGUGGGCCCAUCUUCUGGUGGAGGAGGUGGAGGAUACCUCAGCUCUAUGCAUUCUCUCGUAAACAGUGUUCCUUAUGAGUCCCAGUCGCCGACGUCCUACAACAAGAGUCAUCAAAAUGCAUACGGCAUGGCCACGUCAUACCCCCCUCCUUUAAACUCCCAGAAGAGGUAUCCCGACUCGGCCACGCCCGAGUAUGACGCGCAUGCCCUGCAGGGAAGCAACUACGGGUCUCACAUGCAGGGCAGCCCCGUCUAUGUUGGCGGAGGGUACAUAGAACCAAUGCCCAACUCUGGGGCUUCUGUUUUCGGCCUCACACACCUACCGCACCCGCCGUCCUCCAACAUGGACUACAAUGGAGCAAUCACGAUGGGCAGCAGUCAACAUCACGGAGUGUGUGAUCCCACACCGACGUACACAGACCUUACACCGCAAUACUCUCAGGGAAGAAUCCAGGAGGCGCCUAAACUGACGCAUCUGUAGCGGUGUGGCGCAGUUUGUAUCACUCCGCCCAUUGUCUUGUAGCCACCUCCGGACCGCAUCACCGCCUUUCUUUGUGUACCUCCACACAGCCUCCUUUUUUGCCUUUAGAUUGCCUUUAGUUUGACGAAUUGUGAAGUAGCGUAUAGGAUAAAUAAUCAUUUUUCUUCUAUUUUCUCAAAAAGACAUUCACGUGGGCUAGAAGAGGACGUCUAGCGAGCAUAGGCUUAUUUAAUCUAUUUUUUAAAUGUUUUAAAAAUUCAAACAGGGUAUUAUGAACAUAUGUUAUUCAUUUUUUUCAAUGUGAACUUAUUUAUCCGCAUUUGAAGAUCUUUUUUUCGUUUUGUUUUUGCAUUUUGUUGCACUUGUAAAAGGAUCCAGUUGGGAUUUAUGAGGGAAAUGCAUUUUCUUUCUAAUAGGUUGCCUUUGCUUGUGUUGUUCUCUUUGGACUUUCUGAUGUUAUUUAUUUUGUUUAGUGUUACAAAAUAGUCCUCUAGUAUUAUUUGACACCCUUACGAGAAGCUCAGUGGGUUCAAGCCGUUUCCCCCUCCCCCCCCCCCCCCAGCCCAAACAUGCAUCUUUUACCAUGCAAGCUCCAUUUUCACCCUUCUUCUUCUUCUUCGAGGAGCUAUUUUUGUUUUGUAUUGUCUCACAGAAUGUAAAAUCAAUCAAUCGACGCAAUAAGGGUGCAAAGAAGGACACAUUUGAGCUGUUUUUUUUAUUGAAGAGAAAAAACACGUUAAUCCCCCUUCAUAUACAUUCCAUGCUGCUCCAAUUCGAAGAAGUAAAUAAAACAAAUGAAAUACAAUCGAAGCAUAUUUGUUUUAAUUUGGGACAAAAUGUUGCAUUUUAUUUGAUUUCUAAAAAUGGAGAAAAAAUAGCACAAAAUGUUUCUAUGUAUAUUUUGCAAACGCUAAAAUACGUUCAAAAAAAUCAUUUAUCAUGAUAAAAUCCAAAUGGGCAUUAAAGUAGUUGUGUAUACACAAAUAAGCCACACUAAAAUGGCCGUAAGAGACACACUCGCGCAAGCAAACACUGCAUAAUUUAUUUCCUUCUCUUCCUGAUGAGACGUAAAGAAAACUCUCGGGUGGCCUCCUUCUCCUCUCCUCUCAUCUCAUCAGCGUGGGCACAUCCAUAAUAAUAAAAAUGUCAGGCGGCCGGAGCCUUCUGGAAGCUUCUGCAAGUAUAGACAACAAUCGAAAUGAGAAAUCGUUUGAAAACGAAUGUGCUUCAAGUGGGUCAAAUGUGGCCAGACAGGAUACGAGCUCCAGCUAUUGGCUUGUUCGUCCCAUUAAUGCUGCACUUUGCAAAUAAAAAUGUCUUCCAACGCAAAACAAAUUACUACAAAAAAGUCAAAUGGAUGGAAAUAAGUGCAGCACAAAUAAAACUUUCGAAUUUAACUAACAAAAAUAAUUCCAGCAUGCCUAAAAAUAUAAUUCGCUGUUAUUGUGCAUAUGCUGCACAGCUGCAGGAUUUUUUUUUCAUUCUUAAAAAAAAAAUUCAAUGUGAACAUGAUUGAUAUAGCAGGGCAUUAGUAGCCAUGACAUAUGGUUAGCAGGGAAACCUGGAACAAUUGAACCAUGGUGUGUCAGAGCUGCGCUUUUGCAUUCACGUGCAUUCACAGCAAUAUUCGACCCACACGUGUCUGCAUAGCAACAUUUUAACCGCAAAAGCAGGAUUUUUGCACUGGAUUUCGAUCCGUGGGAAAGUGGUGUUAAAUCACUGUAAUGUGUGUAGGUUGACUAAAAAGCCUCCACCCACUCCAUUCCCUGCACACAAAGAUUGGCCCCCCAAAAAAGAAAAGGCACCGUUUCCCCCA